UUUCUUUGAAGUCGAGUUAAUAACUUUAAUAGCUUAAUUGUGUAUAAGUGGAAUGACUUAGGCAUGUCAGCCAUUCCACUCAGUUUACUGUACCACUAGCUGCCCUUCAUAACUACGGUUCUGUGACCUGAAAUGGUUUUUAUUCGUUUAUUUUGUUUUGGUUUGUUUUUUAUGAUGGGUGGGACACAGCUAUUUAUAACAUAAACAUUAACUUUAUUUCCCCUGGUGCAGAAGCCUAGGUCAAUAAAUCUGGAGUCGGCACUACCAUCCUAUAGAGAAAGUGUGUGUUAUAGCGCGGAGAGCCGCCCGUCACGUGCGGCAGGAGGGAGAUGCGCAGCCGAAGGUGACAGACGCCGCGUGUGCCGGUGUGCACAGCACAGCACAGCCCGGUACAGCCCCGCACAGCCCGGUACAGCCCCGCACAGCCCCGCACAGAGGUCGGGGCGGGCUGGCGGAGGCCGCGGCCCCUCUGCCCAUCCAAGCGGAGCCGCGCCGGCCGGGAGGGUGCGGGCACCGGGCUGCGGACACCGCGCUCACGGUCCCAGCGCGGCGGCAGCACCUCCGGGGCCCGGGUGGCAGAAAUGGAAAAUCCUGAAGUGGCCGUGAGCAGCUGCAGUUCUCCUGAUGUUGAAAAUGUUUGCAGCUACAAACGGCACUCAUCAAUAUCACAGGAGGGGCUUUUGGAAGACCAGCUUAGAAGGAAGUUAAAAUUUUUCUUCAUGAACCCGUGUGAGAAAUUCUGGGCCCGGGGCAGAAAGCCUUGGAAACUUGGGAUUCAGUUACUCAAAAUAGUAAUGGUUACAGUUCAGCUGGUGGUUUUUGGAUUGAGCAACCAAAUGGUGGUAGCCUUCAAAGAAGAGAACACUAUUGCGUUCAAACACCUCUUCUUAAAAGGAUACAUGGACAGAAUGGACGAUACCUACGCUGUAUACACACAAACAGAUGUCUAUGACCAGAUAUUCUUUGCAAUAAACCAGUACUUACAGCUGCCCAACAUCUCUGUUGGAAAUCAUGCUUAUGAGAAGAGGGGAGCAGAGGAGACAGCUCUGGCCAUUUGUCAGCAGUUCUACAAGCGAGGAAUCAUCUGUCCUGGAAAUGACACCUUUGAUAUAGACCCAGAGAUUGUGACUGACUGCUUGUACAUUGAGCCAAUGACACCGUUAGACAACACAACAGUGGGAAAGCACAAUUUGAAUUUCACUCUGGAUUUCCACAGACUGGUGACCGUGCAGCUCACGUUCAAUCUGAAGGCAAUCAACCUCCAGACCGUUCGUCACCAUGAGCUCCCUGACUGUUACGAUUUCACUUUGAGGAUAGUGUUUGAUAAUAAAGCACAUAGUGGAAGAAUUAAAAUAAGUCUCAGCAACGACAUAGCGAUCAGGGAAUGUAAAGACUGGCAUGUUUCUGGAUCAAUACAGAAGAACACUCAUUACAUGAUGAUCUUUGAUGCUUUUGUCAUAUUGACUUGUCUGGCCUCAUUGAUCCUUUGCACACGAUCAGUGAUUAAAGGAAUUCGGCUCCAAAGGGAAUUUGUAAGCUUUUUCCUAUAUUAUUAUAAGAAAGAAGUGCCUUUCAGUGAUCAGAUGGAAUUUGUCAAUGGAUGGUACAUCUUGAUUAUGGUUAGUGAUGUCUUAACUAUUGUUGGAUCAACUCUAAAGAUGGAGAUACAAGCCAAGAGUCUGACAAGUUAUGAUGUCUGCAGCAUACUCCUAGGAACAUCCACUAUGCUUGUAUGGCUUGGAGUCAUUCGCUACCUAGGUUUCUUUCAGAAGUAUAAUCUUCUCAUCCUAACCCUGCGAGCAGCACUACCCAAUGUAAUGAGGUUCUGCUGUUGUGCUGCUAUGAUCUACCUGGGCUAUUGUUUCUGUGGAUGGAUUGUACUGGGACCAUACCAUGUGAAGUUUCGCUCUCUGAACACAGUUUCUGAAUGCCUUUUCUCAUUGAUCAAUGGAGAUGACAUGUUUGCCACCUUUGCAAAAAUGCAGCAGAAAAGUUACUUGGUUUGGUUAUUCAGCAGGAUCUACCUCUACUCCUUCAUCAGUCUGUUCAUCUAUAUGGUGCUGAGUCUCUUCAUUGCACUCAUUACAGAUACGUAUGAAACAGUCAAGCACUACCAGCAAGAUGGCUUUCCAGAGACAGAACUUCAGAGAUUUAUAUCACAGUGCAAAGACUUACCGAACUCUGGCAGGUACAGGUUAGAGGAGGAGAGUUCUGCAUCUCUCUUCUGUUGUUGUAAUGGUUGUAGUGAACAUAUUUAAUGGAUUGUGGGAGUGUAUCAUGGAGGCUUUAAAGUAGCACACAUUGGAAGAACUGGACAACAGAUCUUCUGGAAAACCUUAUAUCUACAG